UCAACGCCGUUGGCUUGUGUGGCGGUACCGCUCUCAGAUUUCGAUUCUUUAUAACCUUCGCGCACCGAGUAAUUGCAAACGUGAGUUGGUGUGUUAGAAACAAACGCGAUAAUCGAGCAUUAGCAAUGUCCCGUAUAAUAAGAAUUGACGAGAACCAUGGGGCAGGAAAUGUGAGUGAAGGGAUAAAAAAAGUUGCUGCUGUUACGAAGCGUCCAGUGCUAGGGGAGCUGGGCAACAAAGUCAUCCGGAAUGGUUCUCAUGAGAUAAAAGUUGCUGAAAAGGGAACAACAUUGAAGGUUACGAAUUUGGGACUCAAAAAUGUGAAGGCGCGUGUCGAUACACGCUGGCGCAAGGAAGAGAUCUCAGCAGCCGCCGGCAGUACAAUCAUCCCCAAGAAACAUCUGACAAAGUCCGAUUCUAACAAAGCUGCCAAAAGUAACGAGAAGGCAGAGACGCUUAAAGGAUCCGAGCAAAAUCAAUCACAAAAGGCUGUGAAGGUGCAUGUUCAGUUGAACAACGGAAACGAGCUAAAACGAGUUGGCCUUAAAAGGGAAGAAAGUCAGCUAUCCUUGCGACAGUUGACGAAAAUUAAUCAAAAAACUGCUGCGGAUCAAAAAUGCCCUAAAAAUGGUGCCGCCUCGCUAAACGAAAUUGAAGCAUCUCUAACGACAAAGCAUGCCUCAACUCAGCAUCUGGAAAGAUUGGACACACAUUCGCAGAAAUUGUUGGAAAUUAUCGAAAACAUAGACGAGAACGAUGCAUGGAAUCCGAUGCUUGUAUCCGAGUACGCCAGCGAUAUCUACCGCUACCUGACUAAACUGGAAAGCACGCCCUGUUAUAUGCUGCAAGAAAACUUUUUAGAAGGUCAAGCCGAGAUCACCCACAAAAUGCGUAUCAUUUUGAUCGACUGGAUCAAUGAAGUGCAUAACCAGUUCAAGUUGGACAUCGAUACCUACCAUAUGACCGUUUCGGUCAUCGAUCGUUACCUGCAGAAAGUGCAAAAUAUUCCUAAGAAAAAAUUACAACUAGUAGGAGUCACAGCUAUGUUCAUUGCAUCAAAGUACGAAGAACUGUUUCCGCCAGAGAUCCAGGAUUUUGUUUUCAUAACCGAUGACACAUACCAGAAGUAUCAGAUUCUUGAAAUGGAAAAGGAAAUGUUGAAGGUACUCGAUUUUCAAAUGGGGAAGCCGCUGCCAACGCAUUUCCUGCGUCGCUUUUCAAAGGCUGCUAAAGCAUCCGACCUCAACCAUGUGUUGGCAAAGUACUUAUUGGAGCUGGCCAGCGUUGACUACAGUACGGCGCACUACAAACCAUCAGAGAUAGCCGCAGCAGCCCUCUAUGUAUCCCUAUUUCUAUUUCCACUGAACUGCACAACUGGUGCAAAGAAAGACAUUACCCCGGCGAGGAUUUGGAGUAAAACGCUCGAGCAUUACACACAAUAUAGUGUUCAAGACUUGGUUCCGAUCGUUCAGCGAUUAGCCAAGGUGGUGAAAACUGUACCGGAAAUGGCAAAGAAAAAGAUCAAAGCCCCAUGGCUGAAGUAUUCCUCCGCAAAGCUGCAAGGCAUUUCGACCCACCACAAACUAGGCGGACCAGAGAUAGACGCAUUAACAGAAGGAAAGCUUCGCUUCUAGAGCAGAGUCGAUGCAACAUGAUUUUAAGUGUGCACUAAUUAGAUUUUACUAGACUGGAUGGAUGAUGGAAUAUGAUCGAGUUCUAUCACCAUGACUGCUGUUUCAGUGUUUUAGACCCAUAGAAAACGUCACAGAUUCUUUUUACGCGAGUGACAACUAUUAGUAGAAUGUUAUUUUUUAUUUUUUUGUGUUUGAAAAAAAAACAGAAUGUGGGAUGGCGGCAGUAGCAAAAGGCUCCAAAUCUUUUAUAAGUGAACAUUAUCGACGAGAAGUGAAUCAAAUUGCAAAAUACUUUUUUCACUCACGAUAGGGCAUCGGAAAGAAUCUUCAACAUAU